AUGCAGUUCUUGAGUGCUCCAAGUUCUGCUUCUUUCUCAACGAGGAGGCUCACUUUUCUAUCUCUCAUCUUCUUCUUCUUCUUCUUCCUUCCUCAGUUAUUCGGCACUUCUUUCUCUCAUCUCCACCAGGGGAAGACGCUUUCGUUCGGUGAAGAAGAAGAAGAAGAAGAAGAGCUGCAGAAGCGGAUUCCGGCUGAAACUCCUGCACUUCCGUCCGACGAUCUACUUUGCUGUUGUUCAGGUCGGUCUCAAGAAAUGGGGGAAGAAUCGAGUAACAUUGGUGGUGGUGGUGGUGACUAUCCGCGGAAUGAAAUGAACUUUUUAUAUAUAAAGGAAAUAUCUAAAGAAAAGUUCAUCGCCGAGAUUAGAAGAUUUAUGGAACCGGAAACAUCCGGAUUACCCAUGGGAACGUAUUCACAUGUUACUAAUGCGAUCCACACUUACUAUGGUAUCGCAGUGACGGAUACAAAACUCUACUUAUCCAUUCAUGACUACUUUGUUUUUUCGAAAAUGGACAAGGAUGACUACCUGGAUGAUGAAAAACUUUACAGCAAAACUCUCCCAAAACUUGGAAUGUCAAUAUCUGGAUUAAAUGCUGUAGAUUUCAUACAUACUAACAACAAUGCGUUAAGCUGCUGGAUGAACGCCUUGGUAUUUUUGCUAUCCAUUUUUAUAAUAGUUUACAAACCUCGUUUAUCCAUAAAAUGGAUAAACAAGCUCGGCAGAUUGUUGGCUGUAAUGAUGAUGGCUCAAGCUUUGUAUGGGAUUAUUCCGACGUCCGUUUCUUCUCAAGAUUUGUAA